AUGCUACGCUCGAUAGGCAAAUGCCGGGUGCCUCUACGCCAACCCUGGCCGCGGUCGAAUUACACUCUUUCCAGGUGGAAUCAGACACGAAAAGCUUCGACUAUUACGAGUCUGGAUAGUUUCCCUAAGGAGGGCGAGAGCCUUCACGGGUUCACUGUGCAAGAGAAGAAGCAUGUUCCAGAGUUGCAUCUUACAGCUAUCCGGUUAAAGCACGACAAGACCGAUGCGGAUUAUCUACACGUGGCAAAGGAGGAUCAGAACAAUGUCUUUGGGAUAGGAUUCAAGACGAAUCCUCCAGAUGCUACUGGUGUGCCUCAUAUUCUGGAGCAUACGACACUAUGUGGUAGUGAAAAAUACCCCAUCCGCGAUCCAUUCUUCAAGAUGCUCCCUCGAUCACUUUCCAACUUCAUGAACGCAUUUACCUCCGCCGACCAUACAACAUACCCUUUUGCCACCACCAACCCUCAAGAUUUCCAGAACCUUCUCUCCGUCUACCUCGACGCUACCCUUCACCCAUUGCUCAAGGAAGAGGACUUUAGACAGGAAGGAUGGCGAUUGGGACCAGAGGACCCUCGCGCCCUUUUGCCUCAGGAGGGACAGGCUGAGGCGAACCCGCAACCAGAGGACGUUCUAUUCAAGGGUGUUGUGUACAACGAAAUGAAGGGACAGAUCUCGGACGCCAACUACCUCUACUACGUCAAGUACAGGGAGAACAUUUUCCCUGCGAUCAACAACUCCGGUGGCGACCCCCAGUACAUUACGGACUUGACACACAAAGAAUUGGUCGACUUUUCGAAGCGAAACUACCACCCCAGUAACGCCAAGAUUCUGACUUAUGGUGACAUGCCCUUGAGCACCCACCUGAAGCAGAUCGGUAGUGUGCUUGAUGGUUUUGAGAAGGGUGAGGCCGAUACGGAGGUUAAAAUGCCUCUUGACCUCAGUCAGGGUCCCCUGAACGUGACUGUCCCGGGACCUAUUGACACCUUCGCCAGUGAUGACAAGCAGUUCAAGACAUCCACUUCUUGGUACAUGGGAGAUGUAACUGACGUGGUUGAAACAUUCUCCGUCAGCAUCCUCUCCUCGCUUCUUUUGGAUGGCUAUGGAUCGCCCAUGUAUCGGGCGUUGAUUGAGAGCGGCUUGGGCUCCUCUUUUACCCCCAACACCGGCCUUGACCCCUCCGGAAAGACUCCUGUUUUUUCAGUCGGUGUUACUGGCGUCAGCGAGCAAGAAGCGCCUGCCGUCAAAGAGGCCAUCCAGAAGGUUUACCAGGAAUCGCUUUCGACUGGAUUUAGCGACGAAAAGGUACAGGGCUUUCUGCACCAGCUGGAGUUGGCUUUGCGACAUAAAACAGCGAAUUUCGGAAUCGGUAUCAUGGAGAAGACUCUUUCCUCCUGGUUCAAUGGCGCAAACCCUAUGGAGGAGCUCUCGUGGAAUGAAAUCAUCGACGAGUUCAAGAGAAGAUACGAGCAGGGAGGUUAUCUUGAAUCGUUGCUGCAAAAAUACCUCGUCAACGACAACUGUAUGACCUUCACGAUGGUUGGCUCGCCAGCAUUCAACAAGGAUUUGGACGAGCAGGAAGUGGUGCGGAAAGAGCAGAAGUUCGCCCAGCUUGUUGAGCAGUAUGGAUCGGCUGAAAAGGCCAUUGCUAAGCUCACCGAGGAAGAACUUCAGUUGCUCAAGAUCCAGGAAGAAGCACAGAAUUCCGAUCUGAGCUGCCUGCCCACCGUUCGCGUUAAUGAUAUUUCCAGAGAGAAGGAGCGCAAGCCUGUGCGUGAAUCUAAAAUCGAAGACAUCGACGUUGUCUGGCGCGAGGCUCCCACCAAUGGUCUCACGUAUUUCCAAGCUCUGAAUGCGUUUGAGGAUCUGCCCGAUGACCUUCGAUUGCUGAUGCCGUUGUUCAAUGACUGUGUCAUGCGCUUGGGCACUGCGAAUAAGUCCAUGGAGGAAUGGGAGGACUUGAUCAAGUUGAAGACCGGUGGUAUCUCCACCUCUUCUUUCCAUGUGUCAUCUCCUACCGAACUGGGCAAAUUCAAAGAAGGUCUUAAUUUCUCUGGCUUUGCUCUGGACAAGAACAUUCCGGAUAUGCUUGAGAUGCUCUCGACUCUCGUCGCCGAGACCGACUUCACUGGGCCUUCUGCCCCGGCAAUGAUCCAAGAGCUAUUGCGGUUGACCACCAAUGGUGCUCUGGAUUCUGUCGCUAGUACAGGUCACAGAUUUGCGCUGAACGCAGCUGCAGCCAACCUCUCUCGCAGUUUCUGGGUUCAGGAACAGCAAUCUGGACUUGCACAGUUGCAGGCCACCGCAAACCUUCUCCGCGAUGCUGAGUCUUCCCCCGAACGUCUUGCAGAGCUGAUCGAGAAGCUCCGUCUGAUCCAGUCAUUUGCCAUCUCACGAACAUCGAACAUGCGUGUUCGCAUGGUUUGUGAGCCGAAUAGCGCAAGUCAGAAUGAGGCUGUGCUUCAGAAAUGGCUUACAGGCAUGCCUCGAAUCAGCUCCCCUACCUCCACCCUUGGACUCUCUGGUUCAAACUUUGGUGUGAACAAGGCUUUCUACGACAUGCCCUACAAGGUCUACUACUCUGGACUGGCUAUGCAGACCGUUCCAUUUGUCGAUCCCUCGAGUGCCCCGCUUACUGUCCUCUCGCAGCUCCUCACCCAUAACUACCUUCACCCCGAAAUCCGGGAGAAGGGUGGUGCUUACGGCGCAGGAGCUAGCAAUGGACCCAUCAAGGGUAUCUUCGCCUUCACCAGCUACCGGGACCCCAACCCCCUCAACUCUAUGAAAGUUUUCCAGAACAGUGGUGUUUUCGCUAGAGAUCGUGCUUGGUCCGAGCGGGAGCUUGACGAAGCCAAGCUUGGAAUCUUCCAGGGACUCGACGCACCAAUGAGUGUUGAUGAGGAAGGAACCCGCUACUUCAUGAGCGGUGUCACCCACGAGAUGGACCAACGCUGGAGAGAGCAGGUGCUGGACGUCACAGCCAAGGACGUGAACCAGGUCGCACAAAACUUUUUGGUUGAGGGCUCUCGACGAUCAGCUUGCUUGCUGGGUGAGAAGAAGGACUGGGCUGAAUCCGAUGGCUGGGAUUUGCGAAAGCUCUCCAUGAAUGUCUCGGGUGAGCCUGGUGCCGAAUCCCUUGAUGCUGACGCUGCUGCUGCGUCCGCUUAG